AUGUCGCUCGAUCCCUUCGAGGCCCGUCUCCAGUUCCUCAAGCUCCUGCGCACGCUCAACGCAAGCCAGCAGAGCAUUGCAAAAGUGGUGUCGUUUGCUGUCAAGUACGGCGCGCGGUGCGCCGAGGACCUCUGGGAGUGUGUCGUUGACGAGGUCGCAAAGGCCUCGCUCAACGCCCGCAUCAACAUUCUCUACUUUCUCGACUCGCUCGCCGAGACAUCGAGCACCCUCGGCCCGCCCGACGCGCCCUACCUGGCCCUCAUCACGCGCGACCUGCCCUCCAUCGUCGACCACGUCGUCCCGCACCGCGAUGGCCUGCUCAACCUCAAGUCGGCGCGGGCAAUCCUCGACUCUUGGCGCGCGCGCCGCGUCCUCGAUCCGGCCGUCGUGGACGCCGUGCUCGCGACGCUGAAAGAACGCCAUUUCAAGACAGACACAAGCAACAGCAGCACGAGCGGCGCCGCGUCCUCAUCCUCGUCGUCGUCGUCGUCGUCGAAAAUGUCCAAAACGGAAGUGUUGCGGCGCAUCGAGGAAGACCGUGAACGCCAAAAACGCCUGCGCGAGCGCAUGUGGAUCCUCCCCAUCCCACCACUACACGCGCGCGGCGCGGCCAGCGCAGCCCCGACGCUCAACCCGAGUCCGGCCAGUCCAAGCCCGUUCACCCCGGCGUCGCCCGCGCCAGCAGGCGCAGCGACACUGGUACCAGGCGCAGGCGCAGGCGCAGGCGCGCCGGGAUCCGGAUCGGGGUCUGGACGACUCAUGCCCCCGCCCCCGCCGCCCGCGGCACCCGUCGCGCCGCUCGAUGUCGAGUUUGACCAGAUGUGGGAGACGACGAGCGACCUGGGCGAGGACGACACAGAGGUGAUGCGCGAGCAUGCCCGCCAGGCGGCUGCGGCGGCGGCGGCAUGA